AUGAACUAGUGCUUAAUAUGUUUUGAAGACACUGAAUUUCGUCUGAAUUGUUAACAUUAUUAUUGUUUGAAAUGUCUAGUUAACAUGAUUUAAGUAAAACUGAAGGCAUUAUAACUAACAACUGAUGAUUAUAAAUGUCCAGAAUGUAAAUCCAAGUUUUCUGUUGAACUCUUCAAAAACACAGAAAUCUAUAAUGAUUUAAUAGAAUAUUCUUUAAAACAUAAUUGUAUUGAAAACUUAAAUGAUGAUGAAAUGAUUGUCGAUUGUGGUCAUGAUGAUUGCAAUAAUAAGUUUAUUGUUAGCAAAAAUGCUAGUAAUCAUUAUUUUCAUUUAGAAUAUUCCAGAUGUCCAGUUUGUAAAUAAAUUUAUUGUUUGAAUUGUCGUAAACCAUAUGAAUCUAAGUGUUGCCAAUAAUCUAUCACUGGAAAGUGUCCUAGAUGCAAGAUACAGGUGUUUAAAGAGGAAGGUUGUAAUUUUCUAAAAUGUCAGUCCCAAUAUUGCAAAGGAUAAGUCUACUUCUGUGGAAUCUGCUUUCUCAUUCUAAAAAAGGAAGAUCAUUACUCACAUUUUAUUGAUAAUAAUCCAUACAAUGCUUGUAGAAUAGGCAAAAUUAAACCGAAUAAGUAGAAAUGUCCUGGAUGUUUAACAUUAAAUCCAUUGCAAUGCUAAAUUAUUGAAAAUCUAAAGUAUUCACUCUAAAACAUAUAAAAGUUAAUGCUAUUGCAAGAGUAAUGUUUGUAAAGAGAGUUUGUAUUGUUUGAAUUGCUCAAAGAAGAUCUAGAAGAAUGAAGCGCACGAGUGCAAACAAUGUUCUAUUAUGUGA